UGAUUUUUAUUAGGGAAUGUCAACAAUGCGAUCGCGAUCCUGCAAUAUUUUACAUAGUUGUCGUGUUUGCUUCGCUGCGACUUCCGGUCGUUCGGGUGUCGGCAUUUCGCGAUGUAAACAUUAUCUAGUUUUAGGAUUCAGCUACAUUUAGGCAAGCUGUCGGGAAUGAAGUGUGCUCAAGGUGCUUUUGUGUUGUUAAAUUCGCUUGAGUGUGCUUACUGGGAUGGCGCAAUUUUCGAAAGACGCGGUAUGGUAUCGUUCGCCUGCGAUACACUUCAGUCGCGUUGGUGGCUGCAUGCGAUUUGACGUAUUCUGCGCGAGUGAUGUCACUUGUCAGCUUAUUUUAUGAAAUGUCAAACGUUUUACAUGUAACGCGCGAGUGAAUGGUAAACAAAUUGACAGUGAAAUUGAUAUCGAUGCUGUGAAAUUAUUUACGAGUGACAUGGACUGUUAUUAUUCUAAAUUUUACCCAAGGCGUAAGUGACAAAUGGAAAGUUUACUACGGUGAUCAAUAAACGCGAUGCAUCCAGCAGGAUACUACGCGAAUCUCGCGAGCGGCGCGCUCGCAGCCGGCACCAUUGCGUCCCCGUGGAGCGCGGCGGCCGGCGCGCCCGACACCAAUGGCUCGGGCGGCGCCGACGCCAAGCACCUCGACGUCGGCGAUGCCAGUGACGAUGAAAAGGAAGGAACGAGUUGAUAGCAAGGUAUAUAAAACUCAGAACAGAAAGACGCGCACGAGAAAAACAAGUCUCAUCCCACAUACAGGUGCUAGCUAGACGGAAACUACGGGAAAUACAGGCCAAACUCAAAGUGCAAUUUUGGCAACCGGGUCUACAAGCUGGACCGUCACAAGACGUGAAGCCGUUCCCUGGCGCGGGCUACAAGGGCGUCCCGGUGGGCGGCGUGGGCGUCCCCACGGGCACGGACGUGGCGCCGCCGCCGCCGUGGGAGGGACGCGCCAUCGCCACGCACAAGCUGCGGCUGGUCGAGUUCUCCGCCUUCGUCGAGCAUCCCAGGGAUCCUGACACGUACCCCAGCUCGGCGCCAGCGCAACAUCUAUUCGUCCACAUAGGUGGCUCAGUAACAUAUGCAGAUCCUUUAUUAGAGUCGGUAGACGUACAACAGAUAAACGAUAAAUUCCCGGAGAAGAAAGGCGGCCUCAAGGAGUUGUAUGAGAAGGGUCCCCGGAACGCGUUCUUCCUGGUGAAGUUCUGGGCAGACCUCAACACGAAUAACCUGGACGACCCGGGGGCCUUCUACGGGGUCACUAGUGUGUACGAAAGCAACGAGAACAUGACAAUAACAUGUAGUACUAAAGUAUGUUCGUUCGGCAAGCAAGUCGUUGAGAAGGUUGAGACGGAAUACGCUCGCUUCGAAGGCGGCCGCUUCGUGUACCGCAUACACCGGUCGCCGAUGUGCGAGUACAUGGUCAACUUCAUACACAAGCUCAAGCAUCUACCAGAGAAGUAUAUGAUGAACAGCGUGUUAGAAAACUUCACUAUAUUACAGGUGGUAUCAAACAGAGACACGCAAGAGACAUUGUUAUGUGCCGCGUUUGUGUUUGAAGUGUCGAACAGUGAGCACGGCGCGCAGCAUCACAUCUACAGGCUCGUCAAAGACUGAAGCGGACAACACGCGGCCCGCGGGCACUGCCGUCACACGCGGGCUACGCGCGGUAGGCAGAGUGAGGCGGGGCAGCAGGCGAAGUGACACUACAUGACAGCGGCGGCCAUCUCGCGCGAGUCCCGCGCCCUCGCAGCUGUGCGUCAAUACACGAUAAGCAACAGUCUUUACAUUCAACAAAAUAUAAAUAUCUGUUAUUAAAACCUAAAAUAGCAAAAUGUGAUCUGAAAAUUACGCUACAAGUAUUUUUGUAACUGAGUGUUUAUUAUACAUAGCUCAAUUUUAAAUAUUAUCUAUCGUAGUUCUGAUCCCAAGAAUCGGCAACAGAUCAUGUAGACCUCUGUCUAUAGUAUUAUAUCUUCGUUUAUUACUUUCGUAAUACUCUUGAUUCUAAAAUGAUAUUGUUUAAGGUUCUAAGAUAAAGAGAGUAACAAUAAUAUUUUACAUAAUUCUCUAAAUACGAAAUAUCGUUCGGUAUACUUCGCGUGUAAAAAUGUCAUAUAAAAAUAUAGAUUUGAAUACACACAGUGCCUCUAUAAUUAUGUUACAUUAACAUAAAUUACUUGAGCAUAUUUAGUCUUUUCACUGCAUUAAAUGUUGAAGAGAAAUUUAGUAGUGUAAUGCGUAUGUGAAAGGAUUAAAACGUUAGUGUAGUAUACCAUGGAAAUAAUAGGUUUAAUAAGUAUAUAUAUAGAGAUAAACACCUAUUCUUUUUCAGAUAAGUACUCGUGGUACAAUUUACAGUCGCUUGGUUUAUUUGUCUUUGAAAACCAGUCCAAUUCCUUCUGUCCUUUAGUGUAGAAAUCUUAUAUUUUCAUAUUUUAAACAACUUGGCAUCUAUUGUUUUCUUUCGAGUAUUUUAUUAUGCUUUAAUUAUUCUUUCAUUUUGCCUUGUUAUUUUUAGGUCUUUUUGAGACAUAGCAUUUUAUCUAGUUUCUACGUACGUUUUGCCAGAUUUGACUUACUAUUGCAGUCUUUGCCACAUUAAAUACUAGGUACUUAGGGUAUGUUAUUGUACCUACAUUGUACAUAUUCUAUUGUUAUGUACGUAAAGUUAAUAGAGUCCAUGUGUUCACACGGUCUGCCAGAUCUUGAAUUGUGUAAUAAAGUGUAUCAUAUAAGAAUGUUGACAAAUCUUGUACGAUCGUGUACCUACAAUAUGUACAUAUCUGACUAUUAGAAACUGAUUUGUUCUUAUAGUGGGGCGCACUCUUCACGCGCCCGAGGCAGCUUUACCCUAAAGACCCUUCCUUAUUCAGAGUUUUCCAUAUUUUCUAUUAUAAAUUGUUACAAAUACUUGUAUAUUUUUCACGAAACUAAUAAAAAGCAAUAAUGGCCGCUUUUGCUUCCAAUUUCAAAGUACAAAUGAGUGUCCACACUACUCAGCAUACUUGCAUGGAUAUGUGUUUGCGUGGCAAUGAUUUGAUCUCUCUUUUAGUCAAAUAUUUUUAGGGUCCUCCCGUCGCGUCGUGUGGCGCGCUCAUUUAAUUUUACACAGUGUUAAGUUUAUGUGCAUUAAAUAGUGUUUAGUUUCAAGACAUGAGGUAGGAAAAUAUUAUCUUAGAUAAUAAAAAUAAGAGAUUUUUGUAUUUAUUUGAUAGAGUUAUAUUAGAUAAAUUGUAAAGUGACUAGCUUUAAGGUUCUUUUUUUAUAUGGCGAUAGUCGUUCAGAACUUAUCAGAAAAGUUGUCACAUAUUUAGUACUUAAGAAAAACUUAAUUUUUGUUGCAACUGUAGUUUUCACUGUCCAAUACUCUGUUGAAAUAUUAUUUGAGAAUAAUAUAACUUUCAUGAUUCUUAUCAAAAUUAUGGCAAGUGUUGUCAUCAAUUUGCAAUACGACGGCGUGUUCAGUAAAGAAAAAGAGAUCUGCCCUGUUGUGAUUUUAUAUUUUAAUGUUAUAUUAUGUACUCAAACGAAUGAGAUUAACUCAAGUUAUUCGGGUCCGUUGCGGCAGCGGCGGACUGGGAUAUAGUUACUAAACUUAAACAUGGAAUUGUUUGAUGCCGAUGGCAAUAUUCAAUAAUAGGUAUCGUUAGGUCGUGUUGUGUAAAUAAAUAUAAUUUUAGCGCAUUUCUUUCAGUUAGUAUUUGUAAGCGGGUUUUGCUUCUAUACAAGUCUUUCAUAUCGACAAUCAGCCAUAUCAAUAUGAAAAUAUAAAAAGAAUUAGUCGGCGGAGUUGGGGAUAAUCAUUUGCAAUCGGCUGCAAUACUCUUCUAUUCUCUAUACAUUGACUUUGUUUUGAUGAUUAUUUACUUUGUUGAUUUCUUUUCAAUCGACAUGGCAAAUGAUUUCUUUCAAUACUAGCCGACAGUGUACAGUAUUUUAAAAAUAAUACUACGUUAAAGAUUUGUAUGAAAAUUUAAUUAUAUUGUCUUCAUAAAA